AACACCGACUGAAACAAAAACACCUGCGGAUCUCACCCACACCUGCAGCAGCGCUCAAAUGGCCAUGAUGCUGAAGCCCUGGACAGUCCUGGUGGCUGUAGUUCUGUGUGUACUCAUGUGUCUGAGUACUCUGUCUGACGCGUACCCCCCCAAACCAGAGAACCCAGGAGAGGACGCCCCCCCGGAGGAGCUGGCCAAGUAUUACACCGCCCUGAGACACUACAUCAACCUCAUCACCCGGCAGAGGUACGGAAAGCGUUCUGCUCAGGAAGACGUGGUGGCCGAGCUGCUGUUCGGGAGCGACAGCAGAGAUCAAAGGUCACGAUACGACGACUCUUUCAUGUGGUGACUUCAUUAUGGUCUUCCUCUGGGCGUUCCCACAAUGCACCUGGAGGGGGCGUCGUGUGCCUCAUCAGACUGUCAAAAAUCACUUGAUCGUUCACCAUAACCGCAGCGCGCCCGUCUCACUUCAUUGAAGUACAGUGUAUAUAAUUUGUUAUGAAUAAAGGACAUGUGAUACCACAGCCAACCAGUAGGUGGAGCAGUCUGUCUCCGUGUGUGUGAGCUGUAACACUUUAUCGUCUCACUGUCACUGCUGUAAAGAUCCACAUCAAUAAAUUUAUUUAAAUGUU